AUGGAGAAGCUGGUGGGAGUUCACCAUCACCACCACUCGCUCUCCCAUCGGGCUCCUCGCACCCCAACCCGCCCGCAGCCGCAGCCGCACCCGCUCCUCCACCAUCUCCCGUCCAACAGGUUCCGGGAUCUCCACUCCCAGAUUCACAAUCACAUUCACCCCACGGUCCCCGCGGCCAGCAGGGUGCUCCGCGCCACCCCGCCCUUCUUCCUCAUCCUCCUCUCCUCCGUCUACCUGCUCGCCUCCGUCACCAUCUUCUCUGCCCCCACGCCGCUGCUCCGCCUCCGAUUGGCCUCUCCCAGGCCGCUGAUCCUCUCGAAGCUCGCGCCGCCGCGGCCUGCGCCGGAGCUCUUUGAUCUAGACGGCGGGAGUGUCCGGGUCCACCUCACCAAUGUCGGCGCCGCUGUCACCUCGUUCCUCGUCCCGGACAAGAACGGGGUUCUCGCUGAUGUGGUGCUCGGAUUCAACUCGCUGGAUCCGUACCUGGUGAGUUCUUGAUGCAUGCGGUUUCAUUUGGAACCAUUAAUUAGCGCACUGGCACAUUUCUUGGAGAUCUCUGUGGGAGUCGAGUUAGGAGUCCGAAGGGAGAUAUUUUGUUGUUUUCCGACUUUUGAAAGUCAACUUGUGCGUCCCGAUUCGAGAGAAAAGGCUACAAGCUUGUUGCCAUCAAGCUGAUUGUCCCAUCCAAAGGAUUCGCUGAGAAACACUACCAUGAUCUCAAGGAAAGGCCUUUCUUCAACAAGUUGUGUGACUUCCUCAGCUCUGGCCCUGUACUUGCAAUGGUUUGGGAAGGAGAGGGUGUCAUCAAGUAUGGGAGAAAACUAAUUGGUGCCACAGACCCACAGAAAUAUGAACCAGGAACCAUCAGGGGCGAUCUUGGCGUUGUUGUGGGAAGAAACAUCAUUCAUGGAAGUGAUGGCCCGGAGACAGCAAAGGAUGAGAUCGCCUUGUGGUUUGAACCCAAGGAGCUGGUCUCUUAUACCAGCAAUGCGGAGAAGUGGGUCUAUGGGGUGAAUUAACCAGCGACUAAAUCUCUUGAGGUUUGCUUUUUUUCUUUUCAGUUUUCACAUAAUUGCCGACAGACCAAGGCAGGAUGUAAUAAAGUAGCUACUGUCACCUAUUACUUUUGAGUUGGAUUGAUUGUGGUGCAGUAAGGCACAAGGAAAGGAAGGAAUACACCGUGAAAUUUGUUAAUCUUCAUGAGUCUGUUUUUGCU